AAGUGCAACGUUAUAUACACACAAAAAAGACGUGGAAAGUGUAUAAUCCCCACAAACAUUUACUAAUUCUUGUGUUUUCCUGUGCAAUGCGCACAUCGGAACUAUGUGCUAGUAGAACACCAGCCAAUAAUCGUWCCGAGGGGGAACCUUGCGCUGAAAUACACAACAAUGCACAUUUCCUGUCGAUUGUAAUUUUAUGGAAUGUCUAAAGAAAGCGUAGCUUGUGAUUCUGCAAUGUAGCUUUUGAAAUAUUGGCGAUCUGUCACUUUGCUAGACGUUCGAAUGGAAAUAUAAGGUUGGCAAAAAGUUGUGGGACCAAAGGUUGUUUUUCUGUGCAUGGACGGAAAGCCAAUGCGCAGGGGUACAAGUGCACGCCCAGACAAUACCGGAAUGGACAUCACCGCACGCUGCACACUGGGUGACCCCAACAAGCUCCCAGAGGGUGUGCCCCAGCCGGCACGCAUGCCCUAUGUGUCGGACAAGCACCCUCGCCAGACGUUAGAGGUCAUCAAUCUGCUACGCAAGCACAGGGAACUGUGUGAUGUCGUGUUGGUGGUCGGCGCCAAAAAGAUAUAUGCCCACCGGGUGAUCCUGUCGGCCUGCAGCCCUUACUUCAGGGCCAUGUUCACAGGCGAGCUGGCUGAGAGUCGGCAGACUGAGGUUGUGAUCCGGGACAUUGACGAGCGGGCCAUGGAGCUUCUCAUUGACUUUGCCUACACCUCGCAGGUUACUGUAGAGGAGGGCAACGUGCAGACGCUGCUGCCCGCCGCUUGUCUGUUACAACUGGCCGAGAUUCAGGAGGCUUGCUGUGAGUUUCUCAAGCGUCAGUUGGACCCCUCCAAUUGCCUGGGUAUCCGUGCAUUUGCUGACACCCACUCCUGCCGCGAGCUGCUGCGGAUAGCUGACAAGUUUACACAGCACAACUUUCAAGAGGUGAUGGAGAGUGAGGAGUUCAUGCUGCUUCCAGCCAACCAGCUGAUAGACAUUAUCUCCAGCGAUGAACUGAAUGUGCGAAGUGAAGAGCAGGUUUUCAACGCAGUCAUGGCCUGGGUCAAAUACAGCAUUCAGGAGCGCCGGCCACAGCUGCCACAGGUGCUCCAGCACGUUCGUCUUCCUCUUCUGAGCCCUAAAUUUCUGGUGGGAACGGUGGGAUCAGACCCUCUCAUCAAAAGUGAUGAGGAGUGCAGAGACCUGGUUGAUGAGGCAAAGAACUACCUCCUCUUGCCCCAAGAGCGACCUCUAAUGCAAGGGCCAAGAACACGGCCCCGGAAGCCCAUCCGCUGUGGAGAAGUGCUGUUUGCAGUUGGAGGGUGGUGCAGUGGGGAUGCCAUUUCCAGUGUGGAGCGAUAUGACCCACAGACCAACGAGUGGCGCAUGGUGGCUUCCAUGAGUAAGAGGCGCUGUGGAGUGGGGGUCAGUGUCCUUGAUGAUCUUCUCUAUGCUGUCGGCGGCCAUGACGGGUCCUCAUAUCUCAACAGUGUGGAGAGGUAUGACCCCAAGACCAAUCAGUGGAGUAGUGAUGUGGCUCCCACCAGCACGUGCAGGACCAGUGUGGGUGUGGCUGUCCUGGGAGGGUAUCUGUACGCAGUAGGGGGCCAAGAUGGAGUAUCGUGUCUCAACAUUGUUGAAAGAUAUGACCCCAAGGAGAACAAAUGGACACGCGUGGCCUCGAUGAGCACCAGGCGCCUGGGUGUAGCCGUGGCUGUACUGGGGGGCUUCCUCUAUGCGGUGGGAGGCUCUGAUGGCACGUCCCCUCUCAAUACAGUGGAGAGGUACAAUCCGCAAGAGAACCGCUGGCACACCGUCUCUCCCAUGGGCACGGAGGAAACCGGCUGUGCAGUGUACCAGGAUAUGAUCUACUCUGUAGGCGGUCGUGACGACACCACCGAGCUGAGCAGCGCCGAGCGCUACAACCCCAGGACCAACCAGUGGUCACCUGUUGUAGCCAUGACUUCAAGGCGUAGUGGGGUUGGACUAGCGGUGGUAAAUGGUCAGUUAAUGGCCGUGGGUGGCUUUGACGGGACAACAUAUCUUAAAACAAUAGAGGUCUAUGAUCCUGACGCUAACACAUGGAGACUCUACGGUGGAAUGAACUACAGGCGACUUGGAGGAGGGGUUGGUGUUAUCAAAAUGACUCACUGUGAAUCCCACAUAUGGUAACGCCACCCGUUUAAAGGCCUCACCGUCGCUUGUGCCUCUGAAAGAAACAUUGUUUAUCAUGCAAGGAAGGAAGACUAUAUUAACUUUAACUUAUCCACAGCCGUGUAAUUGGCAAGCCAAGGAAAAGUCUUGAGUGACUACAAGAUGUGUCAACUCUGGAAGGCUUCUCAUCUAGUAGUCUAUGGUUCAUCUCUCCAUUCUGUAAUUCCUGUAUUAUGACUUGACACGCCAAGCCAGCCAAGGCCAAGAGGAACCAACUGAAUUGGCCUGCAUCAAUCACAUGAGGAACUAUUAUUUAUGACAUCACUGCGGCAAACUCUUAAUUUCCCCCUUUUCUGUUACUGAAAUGCAAUGAUGCAGCUGCACUUUAGGAUACAGUUCAGACUUUUGCUGUGUGACCUGUUAUACUAUACCAACAUUGAGUUUACAUUUAAAUAUUAAAUGGGGCAUGACGAAGAAUCGUCAAAUAGAGCUGAUGUUUAACUGAAAAUGUAGGAUGUGGUCGCAUUAUUUCUCCUGAUCUUGAUUGUGAAUAGUUGAACUUGUUAGGCAGUUGUUUAAAUCUCCUCUAAAUUGAAUGCACUGUGAUUAUAAUUAUUUUAGAAUAUGUUAUUUUUUGGCUGUUUUUAUUGGAGGUAGACACUGAGCAUAACCUGGAGUUCUAUAUUCACAACUGGGGGUCAAUUGUUGGUCGACUAAGAUGUUAGCACUGUGCUGCUUACACAAUAUUACACUGAGUAUACCAAGUAUUAGGAACACCUUCCUAAUAAUGAGUUGCACCCCCCAUACCAUGUUUGAAGGCACUUAAAUGUUUUAUCUUUUCCACCCUCUGAAUGGCACACAUACACUAACCAUUUCUCACAUCUUAAAAAUCCUGUUUCCCCCCCCCCCCCAUCUACACUGAUUGAAGUGGAUUUAACAAGUGACAUCAAUAAGAGCCUUCACCUGGAUUCACCUGGUCAGUAUGUAAAGGAAUGAGCAGGUGUUCUUAAUGUUUUAUAUACUCAGUGUAUAUAACUGUUUCAUACAAGAUUGUUAUUGCCCAUUUAAGGCUGGAUAACAGUUGAUAUUAUUUUAGGAGCAACUCCUUGACACAUCGCUUGUGCGUUUAACAUUAUAUGACACAUUUCUGAGACAGUCUUGCACUUUAAUCUAUUAUAGAUUAUUCUUGAGGAAUGAGUUGCAUUGUCGUUAAUCUAAAACGCAGUUACAAAGGAAUAAUAAACCGGUUGAUGUAUUAUGCAUUUUAACCUAUUAUUU